AUGGCGGGAGAUAGAGACAGGGCCACAGCGGCUACCACAACCUGCAACGACACAGCCAAAAUGGCGGGUGCAGAGCGGACCCCCAAUAACACGGAGGACAACCCUGACAUCCUGGCCAGGCUGGACAGGAUAUUUGACAAUUUCUGGCGCAAGCUGGAGAAUAAGAUAUACCAACCUGUCUGGAGCCAGCCCGGUGACUGCACACUGCACAAGCCGACCCCAGUCAUGAAACAGAAGAUCGCAGCGGCAACUACCCAGCGAGCCCCAACAUGGCGGCAGGGCGGGAAACGUGCCCCGUCGAGGGGCCCAACUACCCACCCUGGCAGUUUGCCAAAGGGUAAAAGCUUACCUCGGAGUCACCCACCGCGAUCAGCAACGGCACCAGAGGGAGAAGCUUCAUCCCGGCGGCACAACAAACAAGAUGCCUCCCACAAGCUCAAAGCACGGCAACAGGCACCCACGGUGAAGGCUUUAACGUGGACGACGCGCAAACCGCAGAGCCCAACGAAACCAGCAGCAGCAGGGAGGCGAAACCCGCCAAAGGGCAAACCUCAGCCCUGCAUCACACUCAACAAGUCAAGGAGAAUCUUGCUCCUGGCCACCGAAAAGCAUUGCCUCUUACCUGGGACUCAAAACGCAACAUGCUCCAACACAGACGGGGACUUUGCUCUGACGAAACGAGGCAUCGGGUGA